AGCGUCUUCCUUGGUCGCCGAGAGGGCAUUGCUUCUGGAGUUGUCGUUCGGGGGAGGAGAUGAAGUACGUGUUGGUGACAGGGGGAGUGGUGAGCGGGCUGGGGAAAGGUGUGACCGCAAGCAGCAUCGGCGUCCUCCUCAAGGCGUGCGGACUCCGCGUCACCUCCAUAAAAAUCGAUCCUUAUCUGAAUACCGAUGCUGGGACUAUGUCUCCUUUUGAGCACGGUGAAGUCUUUGUCUUAGAUGAUGGUGGCGAGGUGGACUUGGAUCUAGGGAACUACGAACGCUUCCUUGAUAUAAAAUUAACUCGUGAUAACAAUAUAACUACCGGAAAAAUCUAUCAGUUUGUCAUCGACAAGGAGAGGAGGGGCGACUAUCUGGGGAAAACAGUCCAAGUUGUGCCACAUAUCACAGAUGCCAUACAAGAGUGGCUUGAACGUGUAGCAAUGAUACCUGUGGACGAUAAAGAAGGACCAGCUGAUGUCUGCGUCAUAGAAUUGGGUGGAACUAUAGGGGAUAUUGAAUCAAUGCCAUUUAUAGAAGCUUUGGGACAAUUUUCUUAUCGUGUAGGACCAGGGAAUUUCUGUCUGGUUCACGUUAGUCUUGUGCCGGUUCUUAAAGCUGUCGGCGAGCAGAAAACUAAGCCAACUCAACAUAGUGUUAGGGGACUACGAGGACUUGGGCUUACACCAAAUAUUUUAGCAUGCCGCUGCGAAAAGCCUUUGGAUGUGAAUGUUAAAGAAAAACUUUCACAAUUUUGCCAUGUUCCUGUAGCAAAUAUAGUGACUCUUCAUGACGUUGCAAACAUUUGGCACAUUCCUCUGAUGUUGAAGGAGCAAAAAACACAUAAAGCGCUUCUGAAACUGUUGAAUCUUCGAGGAUGUGCCCAGGAGCCGAUGUUGCAAGAAUGGAUGGGUAGAGCAAAACUUUGUGAUACAUUGCAUGAUCCUGUCAGGAUUGCUAUGGUUGGAAAAUAUACUGGUCUUUCUGAUUCUUACCUGUCUGUAUUGAAGGCUCUUUUGCAUGCAUCUGUUGCUUGUCGAAGAAAACUCAUUGUAGAUUGGGUCCCUUCAUCUGAUCUUGAAGAAACUACAGCAUUAGAGGCACCUGAUUCUCAUGAAGCGGCAUGGGCGCUACUGAAGGGUGCCGAUGGCAUACUAGUUCCAGGAGGAUUUGGAGACAGAGGUGUGCAAGGAAAGAUCCUAGCUGCUAAAUAUGCCCGCGAAAACAAAGUUCCAUUUCUUGGUAUUUGUCUUGGCAUGCAGAUUGCUGUCAUUGAAUUUGCUCGUUCUGUCAUGAACUUGAAGGAGGCAAAUAGCACGGAAUUUGAUCCAAAUACAUCUACUCCUGUCGUCAUUUUUAUGCCGGAGGGCUCCAAGACUCACAUGGGAGGCACAAUGAGGCUUGGAUCAAGGAGGACUUAUUUCCAGAUUGCUGAUUGCAAAUCUGCAAAGUUGUACGGCAACGUUAGCUUUGUGGAUGAGCGACAUCGACACAGAUACGAGGUGAAUCCUAGUUUUGUUCAGGAAUUCGAAAAGGCCGGUCUUGCUUUCGUCGGUAAAGACGAGACCGGGCAACGCAUGGAGAUCAUCGAGCUGCCUUCACAUCCUUAUUUCCUUGGCGUUCAAUUUCAUCCAGAAUUCAAGUCAAGACCCUGGAAGCCCUCUGCUGUUUUCGCAGGACUUGUAGCAGCGUCAUGCGGCCAACUGGAGAACAACCUCGACCCGCAUUCCCCGGCGAGCAACGGCAUCAUCACUCCCAGAUUUUAUCCAAACGGCGGGAGGGUGAAGAAACCGGCCAAGAGCCUCCCCGGUGGGAAACUCCUCCAUGGUAAUGGAAUUGGAAAUGGGAAUGAGUGGCCGGCUGCAUGCCUAAUAACUACAACUACGAGUGAUGUUGUUUAGCGUAGUUAUUCUUCCAAAUGUCUUGUACAGUCAUCGGAACAAGAAUUGUGUUGCAAGGAUUGGAAAUUUCAGUAUUUCUUUCUUGUCUAAAGAGUGAGUGUUUAAAUUAGAGUGAUCAUGUCCGUGAGUGUUUUUAAAUUAGAGUGAUGAUAUCCGAAAGUGAAAUGAAAAUUGGAUGCUGGGGAUGUGGAUGUUCACGUUGACCUUCUGUGAAUUUUGUUCACACCUGUAACAUAAUUAAUGUCAGUUUCGAGUCA